ACCACGAACAUCUACUCGAACCUGGCGCUCGAGACCAGUAGCUCCAGCAACAAGAGGCCAUUGAAGAAAGAUGGGGACAUCAUUCUGAUUCCGCAACCUUCAGACUCUCCAAACGACCCAUUGAACUGGUCCAAGGGCCGUAAGUUUGCACACCUGUGCACCAUGGCGUUUGUGACUGCGUUCACUGCGGCGACUUCCAACGAUGCUGGGUCUACGCAGGAUAACCUCAAUGAGAUGUAUGGGAUCUCGUACGAUGCGAUGAAUACCGGAGCAGGUGUGCUGUUCUUGGGUAUCGGGUAUGGUACUCUGUUCUUGGCCCCAUUUUCGUACCUUUACGGGAGAAAGCUGCCCUAUUUGAUCUCCAUUACGCUGGGCCUAAUCGGUGCCAUCUGGUUUGGCUUCUCCAAGGACACCAGUGACACCAUCUGGUCGCAAUUGUUUGUUGGUAUCAGUGAGUCGUGUGCUGAAGCUGCUGUGCAAUUGAGUUUGACAGAUAUCUACUACCAGCAUCAGCUUGGUACUGUUUUAACUGUGUAUAUCCUUGCCACUUCUGUGGGUACUUAUCUGUCGCCGUUAAUUGGUAAUUUCAUUGCCAAUAGAGUCAGUUUUAGAUGGGUUGGGUGGAUCGGUGCAAUUAUCUCGGGAGUAUUGCUCCUUGUCUUAUCUUUUGCCACGGAUGAAACCUCGUUUGAAAGACAACGUUAUAUAACUCCCUUGAACUACAGUGAAGACAUUGAAGGGUUUGGAGAGUGUGUUUCUAACGUUCAAUCUGACUUAGAUAAGGGAAGCGAUUGUGAAAAGAAAGAUACCAUCAGGCUCAGAUUGAUCAACCCAAAGCAGAAAUUUUCAAUCUCUGACGGACUAAUCGAUGGCUCAAAGGAACCUAAGAAAACUUAUUGGCAAAGGGUUGCAUUGAUUACCCCAGCAUCUAAUUUAAAAGGCUCGGGAUUCAAGCAGUACUGGAGAUAUAUCUUGAUCAACCUCAAGAUGUUCUGUUUCCCAGGUAUCCUGUUGUCUGGGUUAUUCUGGGGUAUGCAAAAUGCAUUCUUGUCCUUCUACCUCACCACUGAAGAUACCUUCUUUUACGACGCUCCAUACAACUACUCAAACGUUGGGGUUGCGUUGAUGAAUUUGCCUUGUCUGUUGGGUUCAAUAAUUGGAUGUAUCUACGCCGGUUGGCUAUCGGAUUACUUCACCCUAUGGAUGGCACGCCGUAACAAAGGUGUUGUUGAAGCUGAAUUCAGACUGUACUUCUCCUUCCUCACGGCAAUCUUUGGAACCGCAGGCCUGCUGAUGUUUGGUAUUGGGGCUGCAAGAAUGCUCAGCAAACCUGUUAUGUACGUUGGCCUUGGGUUCAUCGGCUUCGCCUACGGUUCCGGUGGUGACAUCGCCCUUUCAUACUCCAUGGAGGGCUCCGAGCUCGUCUUGGAGAGCAUGGUUUGUGUUGCAGUCAUCAACAACACCAUCAGUUGCAUCUUCACCUUCACGUGCUCGCUGUGGUUAGAUGCGUCCGGCACUGAGAACGUCUACAUCGCAUUGGGAGUGAUUAACUUUGGUGUGAUGAUGCUUGCCAUACCGAUGAUUAUAUGGGGAAAGAAGGCCAGAAAAUGGACCAAACCGAAAUACCUCAAGUUCUUGGAGAUCAGAGAUGGUAUAUGACAUCGACUAUACUAAACACGGCCUCUUACUGCCCCCCUUCCUCCUUCUCAAGGAGGAUAUCGCAUUGUUGUAUAGUUCUCUAAUUCAUGUCCGCUUAUAUAAUCAACGGAGAGUGCGCAUAGCAAUUGAUAUUACGUAAUCACAGAUCGGUAUGGACACGCUAUCGGUAUGGGCACAUAUUUGAUAUGGGAAGCAUCUAUUCCCGUUUGGGAUCUGAAUGGAAACGCUAACAAAAAAUGCCACAGAAACCUGGUGAAGAAAAACAUAGAGAAAAGUAAACAAACACAGCUGUUUCAUGCAUACAAUCAUGCCGAAUCGUUGGCU